ACACAGCGGUCGUUUGCGCCGUUCGUGUGUUCGGUAUACGCGCAUAAGAGUGGUUUGAAAUAAAAUAUAAAUCACUAAAAAACUAAACAAAAAAUAUAUUUUCUUUUGCAACUCGAGUGCGGUUUGUAAUGUGGAUUGUACGAAUCGAUCUGUAGACCGGUAGACGAAUGAAAAACUUUUACCGUCGACGUUGGAAAAUAGUUUAGGAACACCGAACACUGCGCCUUUAUAUACUCCUCCACGACCGUUCGAGAUACACUUGUUAUUUCCGUUUAAAUAAUAAAACUUCAAAGCGCUUUCAUGCACUUCCCUUAAAGUCGUCCGGCCUAAUAGCAAAAUAUCACAUGAUGUGGAUUAUAUGAACUGGACUCUCUUGAAUUAACAGCGGAAAAAUGUCAGAAUAUAUUGGUUUUGGUAGUUUGCCGGACAUCGUGCACAGGAAAACGGUAAAAAAAGGAUUUGAAUUUACCUUAAUGGUAGUAGGCGAAUCAGGUCUUGGAAAAUCUACUAUGAUAAACACGUUAUUUCUCAGCGAUCUUUACAAGGAUAGAAAAACGGCGGAUUAUGAGCCUCCUCAGACUGCAAAAAUUGAAAAAAAAACUUUAUGUAUCGAAGAACAAGGCGUUAAAUUAAGAUUGACCGUCGUCGACACUCCGGGAUUCGGCUCUUCUCUAAAUGGCGAAGAAUGCAUUCGGACGUGCUGCGAAUACAUCGAUGAACAGUUUCGGGCAUAUUUCUCAGAAGAAAGUGGAGUCGUCAGAAAAAAUAUUGUCGAUAACCGCGUACACUGUUGUCUAUAUUUCAUACCUGCCCAUUGUCACAGUCUUCGGCCUCUAGACGUAGAAUUCAUGCUAAGUAUUCACGAAAAAGUCAACGUUAUACCCGUCAUAGGAAAAGCAGACAUGUUGACAGAAAAAGAGAAGACUCGGGUAAAGCAAAGAAUGAACGAUUCGAUUAAGGAACACGGAAUAAAAGUAUAUCAGUUACCAGACUGCGAAAGUGACGAAGACGAAGAUUUUAAACAACAGGAUAAAGAACUCAAAGCGUGUUUACCUUUUGCCGUAGUUGGGAGCAAUACUAUUUUGGAAGUGAAUGGAAAAAAAAUGCGAGGCAGGCAAUAUGACUGGGGCUUAGUCGAAGUGGAUAACCCAUCUCACAGCGAUUUCGGAAAACUUCGAAAUAUGCUGAUAUCUACACAUAUGCAUGACUUGAAAGAAGUCACUGAAGACGUUCAUUACGAAAAUUUCCGAACACAGUUGAUAUCAAAAAUAUCGCAACAGGCGUUUAAGGACAGAGGGAAACUUAAAAGAGAUUCCGUUCCAAAACUACCAGCUGCGCUCGACGAAACCGACAUCUUAUUGAUUCAAAAAGAGGAAGAAAUACGCCGAAUGCAAGAUGUACUCAUUCAGAUGCAAGAGAAACUGAAAACGAACAACGAAAAGAGUAACCACAACUUGUAUUUGGCAGCACAAAAAUCGUUAGAAAAAGAAAAUAAACAAAUGGAAAACGUAAUAAAUGUGUGACAUGACUAAUAUUAAUUAUGUUUUCCACUAAAUAUUACUCAUAUCGUAUGACUUUUGGGUAACUCAAUAUUUUAUAUUAAAAUCAUAAACAUAAUUUAAUAGUUAUGUAGGUAUAAGCAAUAUUCUUAGAGACAAAUUGCGUUUUUUC